GGCCUCCGCCAUUUUGUAAAGCUAUAAGAAAACUCAGCCAAGCAACGCAUUCUCUGAUCUUACUUGUAGCUAGCUAGUUCCUCUUUGUGCAAUGGACGGCCGCCUAGAGACUGACUUGUAUCCUAUGGGAUCCACUUACGCAGAAUUAGACGUUGUCCACGAUAUUACAGUUGGUACAAAGAGAGGAUCUGACGAGCUUUUCUCCUGCGUGUCAAACGGGCCUUAUAUCAUGACCAGUUCAGCAGGUUUGUAUGCCAACGGCAACGACAGCAAGAAGUUCAAGGGGGAAAUCCGAAGUCCUGGCAUUCCGUCGCGCGUCAUCCACGUCCGCAAGCUGCCCAGUGACAUCAACGAGGCGGAGGUCAUCUCCCUCGGCCUGCCCUUCGGCAAGGUCACCAACCUGCUCAUGCUCAAAGCAAAGAACCAGGCGUUUAUCGAGAUGAACUCGGAGGAGGCGGCGCAGACCAUGGUGAGCUACUACUCCUCCGUGACGCCGCUCAUCAGGAACCAUCCCGUCUUCAUGCAGUACUCCAACCACAAGGAACUCAAGACAGACAACUCGCCCAACCAAGUGAGGGCCCAGGCAGCGCUGCAGGCGGUGAACGCGGUGCAGGGGGGCGGCAUGCCCAUGGGGGGCGUGGGCGUGGUGGACGGCUCAGGUGGACCCGGCGGCCCCAGCCCGGUCCUGCGCGUCAUCGUGGAGAACCUCUUCUACCCAGUCACCCUCGACGUCCUGCACCAGAUUUUCUCCAAGUUUGGCACAGUGUUAAAGGUCAUCACAUUCACCAAGAACAACCAGUUCCAGGCCCUGCUGCAGUACCCAGACGCCCUGACUGCCCAGCACUCCAAGCUGGCUCUUGAUGGCCAGAACAUCUACAACGCCUGCUGCACGCUGCGCAUCAGCUACUCCAAGCUGACCAGCCUGAACGUCAAGUACAACAACGACAAGAGUCGCGACUACACGCGGCCGGACCUGCCCACCGGUGACAGCCAGCCGCCCAUGGACCAGCACCAGGCCAUGGCCGCCGCCGCCUUCGGUGAGAGGCCCUCCCCCGCCUUCCUCGCAGGUUCGCACUGCAGCCAGCCCGGCCCGUGGUGGGGCUUGGGAGCGGCCCCGGGCAUCAUUUCCGGUCCGUUUGCUGGAGCCCACCCCUUCCCCCCAGCCUUCGCCAUCCAGCAAGCUGCAGGAUUGGCAGUGCCAGGCAUGCCCGGCUUGGCGGGUCUGGCCAUCCCUGGUGGUGCUGCUGCGGCGGCGGCUGCCGGCCGCCUGGCGUUCCCUCAGCUCUCCGGGGGCCACUGCGUGCUGCUGGUCAGCAACCUCAACCCGGAGAGGGUUACACCCCAAUGCCUCUUUAUUCUUUUCGGUGUAUAUGGGGAUGUGAUGCGGGUCAAGAUCCUCUUCAAUAAGAAGGAGAACGCCCUGAUACAGAUGGCUGAUGGGACCCAGGCACAGCUAGGUAACCACAACACCCCCCUCUGGUGCAACACGGAUGUCUAUUCUAAAGUUCAAAGAUCCAUGCACAGCUUCUAGUUGCUGGUAAAGGCAGGAAUAUGCAAUA